GCAGGAUGCAAGUCAAGCAAGGCCGUUGCUUGGCGAACUCUGUGCUAUUGAGAGUGAGUAAUAGCUGAUUCCUCUGAUGAGAGUGCAGCUGCACAUGAAUGGCUGCCAAGCGACGCGCGAGAAACGGUUGUCCUUUCCCGCUUACUGCCCUUGACAAGGUGACAAGCUCCAACGGUUGGUUGCGAUUAACACCGCGUCUGUCGCGAUCGCGCUUUGUCGGUCAAGUUGAAUGGAACUGUGAAUGUUUCGCCGCCACCGCCCUACGUCUAGCCAUUCCUCCCAACGAACCAGUCCAACGAAAGGGUCUGGACGUGACGUACUGACAGAGAAGGCAGAGGGAAGGAGAAAG